AUGAAUAUUUUCCGGUUCGUUGCAGACCUUCUGCAUUUAGCAAGUAUACUUAUCUUGUUAUACUCCAUUGAGAAGAAUAAGUCAGUGAAUGGUUUGUCCUUGAAAACUCAACUCUUAUACGUGUUGGUGUUUGUCACCCGUUACUUGGAUUUGUUCACCACCUACAUUUCCUUGUAUAACACUCUCAUGAAGAUAUUUUUCAUUGCCUCGUCCUGUUAUGUUGUCUACCUUAUGUCAGUGAAGUACGCCAAGUCCAUUCGGGAGAAUAUUGACACCUUCCCAGCCAGAUACAUCAUUGGAGCCGCUGCUAUUUUAUCCUUUAUUUUCACGCACAGAUACACCUUUAAAGAAGUGCUUUGGUCGUUCUCCUUAUGGAUAGAAGCUGGUGCAAUUCUUCCGCAACUCUUCAUGUUGCAAAGAACUGGUUCCGCUGAAAACAUCACUACGCAUUAUAUCUUUGCUUUAGGGCUUUACAGAGCAUUAUAUAUCCCUAACUGGAUUUACAGGUUCUUCACGGAGCUGCAUUUUGACUACAUUGCCUUCCUUGCUGGUGUCGUUCAAACACUUGUUUAUUCCGACUUCUUCUACAUAUACUACACUAAAGUCAUGCAAGGAAAGAGCUUUGAGUUGCCAGUCUGA